UUCAGUCCAUGUUUUUGUAGUAUUAUUAUUAUUAUUAUUUUUAAAUGUUUAACCAGACGUAGCUUUUUAUCGAGAGCAUGCACUCUGAAGCAGGACCACAUACGCGGGCAGUGUUUUAGUGUAGUUUAUCAUAGUGUUUUUGUAUAGUUGUUUGAAGUCGUGGUGUGAAGCUCAGCAACUCUGCUAGCUUAGCAACUGCCAAGGAGGUCUUCGUGCAUCCCCGAGUAUGAGUUCAGAAUGAAGCGCCGUUUGGAUGAUCAGGACGCCGGCUUUGCGGCGCAGCAGCGCAGGCUCCCAGGAGGCAACGAGGUCUUCCAGCCCAGGGUUCUGGCUCCAGCGCCAGUGGUGUAUGAAGCUGUGACCGACAAUGUGCAGCCCACCUCUGCCAUCCAGUACCCUGUACCCCAAAGCUAUCAGGUUCCUGCUGCAGCUCAGAGCUCUGGAGGUCAUGGACACACUCCAACCCCUGCUGCUCACGGCAGCUCCCAUCAUCACAGCUCUGCUGUACAGCCACACGGCCCUGCGCUGGUCCCGAGUCACAGCCACCCACCCAAUCCCACUGCCUCUGCACCCAGCCAGCAGCAGUUUCAGAGACUCAAGGUGGAAGAUGCCCUGUCCUACCUGGACCAAGUCAAGCUGCAGUUUGGAAGUCAGCCACAGGUUUACAACGACUUCCUGGACAUCAUGAAAGAGUUUAAGUCUCAGAGUAUCGACACUCCCGGUGUGAUCAGUCGAGUGUCCCAGCUUUUUAAAGGUCACCCUGAUCUCAUUAUGGGCUUCAACACCUUUCUGCCGCCUGGAUACAAAAUCGAGGUGCAGACCAACGACCUGGUGAAUGUCACCACGCCGGGGCAGAUCCACCACAUCACGCCACACGGGAUCUCGGUGCAGAACAUCCCGCUCACAGCUCCAGCACAGCACCAGAGCCACCUGAGUGCACAAGCCUCCAGUACAGGCACCGCUCCCUCCACACAGCCUUCACAGAAAAACAAGCCAUUGCAGUCUCCAGCACUCACGCCCAGCAGUCAGCCCAAUCCGUCCAUCCCACCAUACGCCUCACCCCGUUCCCCACCACUACAUCCUCACACUCCCAUCAGCAGCACCCCCAAUGCCCCCCCGUUGCAGAACAACCAGCCUGUGGAGUUCAACCACGCCAUUAACUAUGUUAACAAGAUUAAGAACCGCUUCCAAGGCCAGCCAGACAUCUACAAAGCUUUUCUAGAGAUCCUGCACACAUACCAGAAGGAGCAACGAAAUGCUAAAGAGGCAGGGGGAAACUACACCCCAGCCCUGACCGAGCAGGAGGUUUACGCUCAGGUGGCACGGCUCUUCAAAAACCAGGAGGACCUGCUCUCAGAGUUUGGCCAGUUUUUGCCGGAUGCCAGCAGCUCUGUGCUGUUGGGUAAAACUACAGCGGAGAAAGCCGAAUCUGUGCAGAACGAUCACGGGAGUACAGUAAAGAAACCACAGCUGAACAACAAGCAGAGGCCAAACCAGAACGGCUGCCAGAUUCGCAGACACUCUGGUUCGGCUGCAACUACACCGCCGGUGAAGAAAAAGCCUAAGUUGCUGAAUCAGAAGGAGUCCUCUGUAGUAGAGGCCAGCAAACACGGAGUCGGCACAGAGUCUCUGUUCUUCGAGAAGGUUCGGAAAGCCUUACGGAGUUCUGAGGCUUAUGAUAACUUUCUGCGGUGCCUGGUCAUCUUUAACCAAGAAGUGAUUUCACGUGCUGAGCUUGUGCAGCUGGUGCUACCUUUCCUGGGGAAGUUCCCAGAGUUGUUUACCUGGUUCAAGAACUUCCUGGGUUACAAGGAGAUGUCCCACAUAGAGAGCUACCCAAAAGAGCGGGCAACAGAGGGCAUCGCCAUGGAGAUAGACUACUCCUCUUGCAAGAGGCUGGGGUUCAGUUAUAGAGCGCUGCCUAAGAGCUACCUGCAACCCAAAUGCACAGGAAGAUCCCCACUCUGUAAAGAGGUGCUAAAUGACACGUGGGUUUCAUUUCCUUCCUGGUCAGAGGAUUCGACCUUCGUCAGCUCUAAGAAGACUCAGUAUGAGGAACACAUCUACAGGUGUGAGGACGAGCGCUUUGAGUUGGACGUGGUUUUGGAGACGAACCUCGCCACUAUCCGGGUGCUGGAGUCCGUGCAGAAGAAGCUCUCACGCAUGUCUGCAGAAGAACAGGCCAAGUUCCGACUGGACAACACGCUUGGCGGCACUUCCGAGGUCAUCCACCGCAAGGCCAUACACAGGAUAUACGGAGACAAAUCUCUAGACAUCAUCGACGGCCUGAAGAAGAACCCUGCCGUCUCCGUCCCCAUCGUACUUAAGAGGUUAAAGCUGAAGGAGGACGAAUGGAGAGAAGCGCAACGGGGCUUCAAUAAAAUAUGGCGUCAGCAGAACGAGAAAUAUUAUCUCAAGUCCUUAGACCACCAGGGCAUCAACUUCAAGCAGAAUGACACCAAGGUGCUCCGCUCCAAGACGCUCCUCAACGAGAUCGAGAGCAUUUAUGACGAGCACCAGGAACAAGUCUCUGAGGAAAAUGGCACACCGGCAAGCGGCCCUCACCUCACCUUCACAUACGAGGACCGGCAGAUCUUGGAGGACGCCGCGGCCCUGAUUAUCCAUCAUGUCAAGCGACAGACCAGCAUCCAGAAAGAGGACAAGUACAAGAUCAAACAAAUAAUCCUCCACUUCAUCCCUGACAUGCUGUUCUCUCAGCGAGGUGCUCUGUCAGACGCUGAGGAGGAAGAGGAGGACGAGGAAGACGCCGAGCUCGACGAAGGAGGCUCCAAGAAGCACAACGGUGUGACCGGGAGUCCCAGCAAGUCCAAGCUGUUAUUCACGAACACUCCGGCUCAGAAGCUGCGCUCGUGUGACGACGCCUACAACCUCUUCUUCGUCAACAACAACUGGUACAUCUUCCUGCGGCUGCACCAGACGCUGUGCACUCGUCUCCUACGCCUGUACAACCAGGCCGAGCGGCAGAUCGAGGAGGAGCUGAAGGAGCGCGACUGGGAGAGGGAGGUGCUUGGUCUCAAACGGGACAAAAACGACAACCCUGCCAUCCAGCUUCGGCUCAAGGAGCCUAUGGACAUAGAUGUUGAAGACUAUUACUCCGCCUUCCUGGAGAUGGUGCGCAAUUUACUGGACGGUAACAUGGAGGCAUCUCAGUACGAGGACUCUCUCAGAGAAAUGUUCACCAUUCACGCCUACAUCGCCUUCACUAUGGACAAACUCAUCCAGAGCAUCGUCAGGCAGCUGCAGCACAUAGUGAGUGAUGAGAUCUGCGUGCAGGUCACAGAUCUGUAUCUGUCCGAGAGCAGCAGCAGCGCCACGGGCGGCUCGCUCUCCACACAGACCACCAGGGCCACCUCGGAGUCGGCCUACCAGCGCAAAGCCGAGCAGCUCAUGGCUGACGAGAACUGCUUUAAGCUGUUCUUCCUCAAGGGCCGUGAAAACGUGCAGCUCACAAUCGAGCUGUUGGACACCGAAGAGGAGAACUCUGAUGAGCAGGGGGAUUCAGAGCGCUGGUCAGAUUACGUGGGCCGGUAUCUUAAUGCCGAUGUGACGUCUCCAGAGCUAAGAGAACACCUGGCACAAAAGCCUGUUUUUCUUCCAAGAAAUCUGCGGCGAAUCCGGAAAUGUCAGCGGGGACACGAGCAACAGGAGAAGGACACAAAAGAUAGCGGAAAGAAAGAGAACGCUGAGAACAUGAAGAUGGAGUGCAUGUUCAAGCUCAACUCCUACAAGAUGGUGUACGUGUUUAAAUCCGAGGACUACAUGUACAGACGCACCGCCCUGCUGCGAGCCCAACAGUCACACGAGCAUGUCAGCACAAGGCUGCACCAGCGUUUCCAAGCCUGGCUAGACGGAUGGCUGAAGGAGCACGUGAGCCGGGACAUGGCCGCUGACACCACCAAGUGGCUGAUGGGAGAAGGGCAUGAAGGGCUCAUCUCCUGCACUACGACCUGCGACCCCGAGACACUCCACUACAGGAACAUCAACAAGUACAGAGUGAAAUACAGCAGCAGCUACAAAACACCGUGAAGUCGUGGAAGCGGGUCAGACGCUUAUCGGGGGAGGUUUAGUGCACAGGGAAGGAAAUGGACUUGGCAACAACUUUCUAAGGCCGACGUGACGGCACAUAAAAGCUCUCGUGUCGGACAGCAGUGGCGGCUGGCGGACGUCUCCAUUUAUUUUAACAGCGUGUUCAGCUGUACCCAUGCCCACAUUUCUAAUGGAAAGGAAACACCACUGCAUGUAGUUUUAGUGUAGAUCUAAUCUAGAACAGGUGCCAUCCUCGUGUUCCCAGGACCUGCAGAGCUGUUACAGUCUAGAAAUGAGAAAUCUGACUGCUUAGCUUAACUCCUUUUAAUGUAUUACUGUAAGCACAGGCUGCGUAACGGAAGAGUACAACGCCAUGUUCAGGGUUCCUUUUCCGUCUCUAAACCCCUACUGUUGAACUCGGAGACAGAAAAACUCCAGACGCAAAUUUAGCUCAGAUAAGUGCACUUAACUUUGAAUAGACAGAGAAAUGAUACUCAUUCAAUUCUCCAGCCAAAGUUUAGCAAUUCCGUAAGCUCUGUGGUUAAAAUAAGCUCAGAUCAGUUCCCAUUAUAAUGAACGAUAUCUAAUAAUGAAGAACUUUUCUUUUUUUUUUUAGUUCAAAGUAAAAAAAAAAAAAAAAAAAAUUGAAGCUAAAGAAAUCGAAGACAGCAAUAAGGACCUGUGACGUGGCAUGAGGUUUAGGGCAGAAAGCGAUGAAUGAAUGAGUGACUGAGGCUUGCAAAGGUUCGGGAUACAUCAUUUAUAUCAGAAUGAGACGUGAGCACAAUUUUGUUGGCCGCCUCGGCUGUAAACCUUACGAAGUUGCUGGCAAAGCCGAAUGCCAAUACACCAGCUAGAGCACACACACACGUGCAAAUGAAAAUUCACAAUGUAUGCUCCACAGACACAACAGUUCCCUAUUUGUAAAUAACAUGUAUAUAUUGCUAGACAUUUUUUUUUUUUGUUUGUUUGUUUUUUGUUUUUUUUUUAUGACAGACCUGUGUUUUUGUGAGACUUUACAGGCUUACUGUGGACUUUAGGAAUCGCGACAGCUAAAAAGACAACAUGCAAGACAAGUUUAUUACUGUUUUUACCAAAGGGAGUUUAUUAUAAUGAUAGUUGUUUUCUUUUCUUCUCUCUCUCUCUCUUUCUCUCUAUCUCUCUCUCUCUAUCUCUCUCUCUCCCCGUUUUGUGUUUGAUCCCCUUUCCCCUCUUUUUUUUUUUUUUUUUUUUUUUUUUUUUGUCUUUUUUAAUAGUAAAGAAUUGUUAAUUUUGUAAACGUAGAAAUGUAUCCAGGUUCUUGUUUUUGAAAUGUUUUUAUAAGAAAAAGCAAAAAAAAAAAAAAAAAAAUUUUAAUUUUUUUGGAAAUUUGGGCUCAUUCUAGCACACGUUUAAUCACUGCCUGUUUGGAUACGCAUCUGUUUCUCUAGUCUGAACACUGAGGAAGCCGAGCGGUCGAGCUCACACUGUCCUCGGCUAACCGACGAGCCCCGCGAAUGUAACGCGCCGUGUUCGUCAUGCAAGGUUUUCUUCUUCACCCUGGAUAGAUUUCUGCUGGAUAAGAAUAUAAAUAUAUAGAGAGAUAUAUAAAUAUAUACAUUUUAAAAAUGAAAGUCACAAAAGCAUGUCUUUUUCUGUGGAUCAUUAUCAUAGCCCCUUUAUUUCGAUAUUAUUUAAGGUAAUAAUAAAAGGACAUUUGUAGCA